UUAGUGAAAUGAAAAUAUCACACUCAAAACUUAAAAAGCUGCUUUCAGAAACAAAUACCGAAUUGGGUCAUGCCGCGAGAAGAGCUGAACAAUAUGAAGCGGAGGUUAAAAGAUUGCGUCAAAGAGUUGAAGAAUUGAAACGUGAAUUAGCAGGAGCAGAAGAUGAAUUAGACUCUGCAGUGAAUCAAGUACGUAGAUUGCAACGUACAAAUGAUGAAUUGGUUGGCCAGAGUGAAGGAUUACAAGUGCAAAUACAACAUUUACAAACAAGACGUGCACCAAGUCCACAAAUGCGCAUAACAACUGGUGUGCAAUUACGCAAUAAAAUUGCCGUUGAAAUUCCAAGUGAUUGUUUGCCAAAUAUUAAUGAUCUACGACAAAUAUUUGAUGAUGCACAAUCUGCACAACGUCAUUCUUCCAAUGGUAUGGAUUCUUCGUCAAAGCGUUCAAGUCAUACUGAACGAACUUUAAUGCAACAAAAUAGCGCAUUUUUUGAUGCGAAACCAUCACAUUUGGAAGAGAAUAUAUUUGAAUCGAAAUCGCGUAAUUUAGAAUUUGAACGUGCCAAGCAAAAAUUUGAUAAUCCAUCACACUUGCAUCACCAACAUCAUCACCACCAGCGCGAGCAACGCGAACGUUUAUCCGGAAGAUUUACAUCGUCUGGUAAUCAACAGUCAAGCAAUAGGGCUAACCUAGCGCUACCGUUGAAAGGUACCACCGCUUCACUUUGUGGUAACACAAAUUCAAAUCUAACCAAAGACGAUAUCAAUCGGCAAUUGUUUGAUGAUCAUUCGCAUUCCUCAACGGUUGGUGGUGGUAAUGUCGGUGCAGGAAGUAUUGGUGGCGGUAAUAUGCAAUAUCAGAAAAAAGAUAAUUCCAUUAGUAGUAGUACUGGUGGUAGCUAUUCAAGAAACAGUAUUAAUUUAGAUGGUCUUAAGGUAUCUGAUGAUGAGACUCCGUAAUUAUGGUUCCACGAGUUUAUUACUUGAUGACGAAUUGGAGGAAAAUAGUGACGAAGGAAUUUAAUAGAAUUUAUUAUCUAAAAU